GCUGUAUUUGCACUCAGCAGAGUGGUGAUGUGUUUUUGAAUGAUAAAGUUUCGCUCGUUUUCCUACGAGUACGGAAGAGAAUGGAAUUUAUGCACGAAAUAGGAAAAGAUAGUUUAAUUUGAAAGGAAUUAAAGGAGGAACGCUAUGCAGGCGUGCUUCAGAAACAUGUAGUCUAAUGGGCUACCUUUUCCACAUUCACAAUCCCCAUGACUAAGAGCGGAUUAAAAAUACACAGCCCCAGGAUUGUCGCAGCUUUUUCGUAUAUGUGAUACGUGACGAAAAUAUAGAUUACGAACUCUGCGGGGGCGGUAUACAUUCCGUAAUACCCUAGUUGACAGCUUCGAAUGACCUAACGUUCUCCCCGGGUAUCUAAAAAUAUAAUUGAUUUUUCCAAGCCUCACAUUUGAAAAUUUUUAGUGUGGUGAAAAUAUUCUUAAAUCUGUGAAAGCUCCACCGUCUAUGAGGAAAGCAAAUCUGGCAGGCAGGAAGACAAGCAGACCAUAGAAGCAACACAGGAUAUGUUUAACUCUUCGGCGAAAGCAUUACCCAUGGAAACUACAAAGGAUCCUCCAAUGGUUCAAAACCCAGCAAAUUACUUCCAGGACACAGUUAGAGCUGGAGGCUCUAACAUUUCGAAUUUCUUCCGCGGAAUGUUAGAGGAACAGCGUCGAGAAGAAGCUAUCGAAAAGGGCGUGCAAUUGGCCGCCCGACAAGCUCUAGAAAUCUCCAAGCAAACUACAGAAGAAUCAAAACUUGCAAUGGAACUUGUUGACAACAAACGGCGGAAUUUUAUUGAGCAAAAACGACGCCAACAACUUCGUGAAAAUAACGAAGAGUUGCGACAGCUUGAAAUGAAAUUACGUGCAGCGUACACUGGCAAGGCAUUGGCCGCGCAGAUAGCCGAGAGAGAAGCUAUUCGCCAGCAAGAAAAAUUACUAUGUGAACAAGAAAAUAACUUACUAGAAGCUGCUCGGAUAAAAGAUGCAGAGUACAGGCAGAUGCAGUUGGAGGAGGAGAGGAAACGUAAAAAACAUUUUCGCGAAGAGAUGAUUGAACAAAUUGCCGAACGAGCAACUGAACGUGCAAAGAAAUAUGAAGAAUUUCUUAAAGAAAAGAAAAUUUUGGAUGAAAUUAGCCGCAAGUUGAUUGAAGAAGAAAUGGCUGAAUUGAAAGAGAAAGCAGAACGGCAAACGCAAUUCAGAAAGGAUAUUCAAGAUUUCCUGUGUAUGCAGAAAUCAUGGCGGGAACAACACAAACAGAUUACGGAUGAUGAAGACGUUAAAUUGGCCGAAUUCCUCAAAAAACGAGAGGCGGAACUAGCUGCUCGCGAACGUGAGAAACAGGAAAUGAAGCUAAAACGGCAGGAAAUCAGCGACAGGAUUGGAAAUGAAGUUGCUGCUCUUUAUAACGCGAAGAUGAAACGUCAAGAAUUGAUUGAAAAUCUACUGGUCGCGGAAUAUUCUCAGCGUGUAGAUGAAGAACAACGCAAGAAGCUAGAGAAGCAACUACGAGAACGCAUUCAAGUGCGUCUUCAACUUGCGGAACAAAAGGCCGACAACCUUCGAAGGAAGUUCUGCCAACAGGAAGAGGAUCGCAUCUUCCGCGAAGAGCAAAUGCAACUGCUUGCUGAACGUGACAAAUUGGAGCUUUUAUCAAAUGAAAAACGCAGACGGAAAAUCCUGGAGCAUAGGAAAGAAAUACAAAAUUGUCUUGAUGAGAAGAAAAAACGACGCGCUGAGGAGGUUGCAUUAUUGGUUAAGCAACGUGAUGAUGAUUUCGCAGAAGAGAAUAGAAUGAGACAACUUAUUGAAGAAGAACGCAUUCUUAUGCUCAAGGAACAUGCAACAGAACUUAUGGGUUUCUUGCCACCAGGUAUUUUAAGGGAGAGCGAUAGAGAAUUUUUACCAUUGCCACCGAUAACAUAGCGUUUUGUGAUAACUUUAUGACUAUUAUGAGCACCUAUUGUACUGAAAUUUGUAGACAUAGAAUAAUGAAUAAAUUCAAUGUAUUUCAUAAAAUAA